GCUCCCGCGCCUCCUCCCCGCGGCACUCUGCUGUCCUGCCGCACUUCCCUAGCCUCCCACGGGUCCCGGCUGCCGCUCCUGCCCAGCUCCCCUGGCCUGCCCCGCGGCGGCCCCGGACCCUGCGCCACCGCAUGGAGCCCAACGCAUCGGGGAAUGCUUGCACCCCGGGACUCGGGCCGGGACCCGGGCUGGGCCCGGGGCUGCGCCCUGGGCCGCAUGCCAACCACUUCUCUGCUCCGGUGACCGCGCUGCUGGCCGCGCUCAUGGCGCUACUGGCGCUGGCCACGGUGCUGGGCAACGCCCUGGUCGUGGUGGCCUUCGCUGUGGACCGCAGCCUGCGCUCCCGCAGCAACUUCUUCUUCCUCAACUUGGCCGUCGCGGACUUGCUGGUGGGCGGUUUCUGCAUCCCACUGUACAUCCCCUACAUCCUGACCGGAGAGUGGAAGUUAGGGAAGGGACUGUGUAAACUGUGGCUGGUGACGGAUUACCUGGUGUGCACCGCCUCGGUAUUCAACAUCGUCCUCAUCAGCUACGACAGGUUCAUCUCUGUCACCAGGGCGGUGACUUACAGGGCUCAGAAGGGCAUGACCAGGAAUGCUGUCUUCAAGAUGGCACUGGUGUGGGUGGCAGCAUUCCUCCUCUAUGGGCCUGCCAUCAUCAGCUGGGAGUAUGUGGCCAAAAGAAGCAUCCUGCCCCGGGGGGAGUGCUAUGCUGAGUUCUUCUACAAUUGGUACUUCCUCAUGACGGCCUCCAUCAUUGAAUUCUUCACACCCUUUGUCAGUGUCACUUACUUCAACUUGAGCAUCUAUAUCAACAUUCAGAAGCGCAACUCUCUGAGGAGUGACUACACUGUCCCCAGCCAAGAUGGCUUGGAGAUGAACUUCCAGGGGAGAAAAAAGAAGCACAUCAUAUUUUUUGUUAAACCCGCUGAAAGGAGAAGCAAGAAAAGGAAAGACCAGGGCCUCUCUACCAAGCAAAACAGUGUUUCCUUGGAUGUUCCUGGGACUCAAGAUUUACCGCCUCUGCAGUUAGACCUCAGAACCAAAGCAGCACGGCGUCGGCAGAGCCACUACAGGCCCAGCGAAAGCAUCUGCAAUGCUGAAAGGCAGGCAGACCUUGCCAACACUGUGGCCAGUCGCCUCCGGCUUUCCCGGGAUAAGCGAUUGGCCAAGUCAUUGGCCAUCAUUGUGUGUGUAUUUGGCCUGUGCUGGGCUCCCUACACUUUGUUCAUGAUCAUCCGAGCAGCCUGUCAUGGGACGUGCAUCCAGCACUCCCUCUAUGAGACAUCCUUCUGGCUCCUCUGGCUGAAUUCCGCUAUCAACCCUAUUCUGUACCCACUCUGCCACGUGAGUUUCAGAAAAGCGUUUAUCAAACUGCUGUGCCCUGGAAAGGCCAAGAUCCACCCUCAUAUGUACAUGUGACAGAAAUAUCUCUUGUGCCAGGUUACCUAACCCCUACACACCACGAAGGAGAGGCAACCACAAACACUUUCCUAAGCCACUGCUAUCCACUCCACCUGGGUCUUUGCCACAAGGAAACAAGGAAUCCAUAUAACAAAUGAAACAAGUUCCUCCAAAUAUUUUUUAAAUAUUGUCUAUGAAAUUGUCAUCAAGGGCUUUGUCUGGCGGGGGGGCGGGGAUGUUUAGUUUUGCAGUCUCUAACCCAGGGCUUCAUGCAAGCCAGGUAGGGCUUUGUUAAUUCAAAAAUCUCUGUCCCGGAGUGGGAUUGUAGCUCAGUGGUAGAGCACUUGCCUAGCAUGUAUGAGGCACUGAGUUUGAGCUUCAGUACCACAUAUAAAUAAAUAAGUAAAACAAAGGUUAAAAAAUUUUGUUUGUGUGUGUGUGGCACAAAUUAAAAUUUUAGUUUUAUUAUUACCAAUCUGGAUUUUUAAAAAGCUAUAGCAUACUAUUUAUGUUUUUGGCAUAACAAAAUAUUAUCACUUUUUUCUUUUUUUAAUUUUAAUUUGUUAUAUAUGAGAGCAGAAUGCAUUACACAUAUAGAGCACAAUUUUUCGUAUCUCUGGUUGUACUCAAACUACAAUUUAAAAAAAAAAAAUUUGCUCUCUGGAUCAGCAGCAUGGGGAUUACCUGAGAGUUUAUUAGAAUUCUCCGGCUGUACCCCAGACCUGCUGAAUCCCAGAAUCUGCAUUUUUAACAAGCUCCCUGAUUGAUCUAUAUGUUUAAUAAAGUUUGAGAAGCAUUGAUCCUAGGAAUGUGUAAAAGGAUAAAAAUGGUUAAGAAAAAAAUGUUUUUGUAAUACCUAUCUCCUGUGGAGUCAUCCUACCUAAGGCUUAAAAUUACUGAGGCUUAAGUUUGUUAAUUUUACCAAAUUUUCACACACUAUCCUAUCAAUAUAUUUUACUUGUUGAUAAGGCUAACCAGUUUAAAUAUGCAACUUUUGUUUGAAGUAGUAUACGAGAGUAUUUCAUCACUUUUGUGUAUAUAAAUAAAGACAAGACAUGAAAAAGGAUAGAACCUAGUUUUACAGAAUAUACUAGGUUUCAUAGCUUACCUUUAUAAAAACAUACCAGAUAAAUGCAAAUGCAAGAGAUUAACUAGGAAUAUGACUCAGUGGUGGAGUCCUUUCCUAGCAUGGACAAAGCCCUGGGUUUGAUCCCUAGACCACCACCAAAACAGUUUUAAUUAAAAAAAAAAAAGUUCUCAAAUGCUAGAUAUUAUACCUAGUGGCCAUGAAGCCUCCAAAGGGUUUGUUUGUUUGGGUACUGGAAUUGAACCCAGUGGUACUUUACCAUUGAUAUAUAUCCCCAGUUCUUUUAACGUUUCCUCAAAUGUAAUCCUCCUGCUUCAGCCUUCUGAGCUUCUGGAAUUACAGGUGUGAGCCACCAUACCCAGCUUCACACUUUCUUUGUAUUUGUACUUGGUUCUUUCUGAUGAGUGAAAAUGGAUUUAAGUUACAACUUAAUGCUUAGUCAUAGGAAGACAUUUCUGUCCUUAAGCUAAUUAAACACUGUAAUGAGUGGUAAAACAGUCUCUAGAGAUUUUGGAAGUAUUGGCCUAGUUUUGUUGGUACACUGCUGGUAACAUAGAGAAGUGAACAGCAAUACGAGAUCUAGACCACCCCACUUCCAGAUGACUUGUUUUAAAUUAACACAAGCUGGGAAGCUUGUCUUUAACAUAGGUAACUGAAGUGUGCAGCAAAUGUGUAGAUAGUGGCACCUGAAAUGUGGUCUGCUGUCCAUCCCCAGGGCACCCCCAUAGGGCCAACCCUAGCAAACAGGAAGGCAUCCUUCUCCAGAGAUUUCUCCACCCAGAACCUUUCAUGGACAAUAUGUAGUCUGGAAUUCCCAUCAUUAAAGAAAAUUUUGUUGAAAAAUCCUUUCAAAUCGAUUCUGCUUGAUAUAAUUACCUUAGGUUCACAGAGAUAGCAAAUGUAAUGGAAAACCCCUACAAAAUCAAGUUAAAUCCCCUCCCAUUGCCUAUGAUGGUUAGCUUAUUCCUUAUGGUCUCUCAUAUUUCUCAGUGGCUCUGAGAAUUGCACAUGAACUGUUCUACAACUGCUCACCAUUCUUCAAAUUAUUCUACCAUGCCUCAUCAAGUUAAAUGCCUCCUUCCUUCCUCUUUUAGUUGUUCGGAUAAGCUUACAAUCUAUGCAAAGUCAUUAAUGGCCAGAGUUGUGUUACAGUUCACUCACCUAAUGGCCACCAGUCUCAGGGCUUGGGGAACAAUCAGAAACAUGAAUUUCCAUGUAAAGAAGCAACUGCUAGUCAGGCACAGUGGCACACAUAUGUAAUCCCAGCACCUGGGGAGGCUGAGGCAAGAGGAUUGCAAGUUCAAAACCAAUCUCAGCAACUUGAUGAGACUGUGUCUCUAAAUAAAUAUAGAAAAAGGCUGGGGAUGUGGCUCAGUGGUUAAGUGUCCCUGGGUUCAAUCCCAGGUACCAAAAAAAAAAAAAAAAGCAACACACUUUUUGCUUAGACUCUAAUCAUUGGUUUGCUGACUGGAGACAGGAAAAGGAGGUCAGGAAAGUGCUGUCACAAGAGGCAUUGCUCAUCCAUUCAUAUCAUCUUCCUAGAUGUGGCCUCUAGUGACUAUCUCCUCAUCUUGGGGAUUUAAUGCCAUUCAGCACCAGUUCUCCUCUGUUCUGUGCUUCUAUCCAUCUGUAAAGGAUUUCCCCCACAUCCAUUAAGGACAGGUAUUUUUUAUGUAAGAUGUAGUAGAUAUUAUUAGAAAAGGGAGAUAGACAUAAAAUAGCCAGGUGUGGUAAUGCACACCCACUUCUAAUUCCAGCUUCCCAGGAGGCUGAGACAGGAGGAUUCCAAGUUUGAGGCCAGCCCUAGCAACUUAGCAAGACCCUGUCUCAAGGGAAAAAAAAAAAAAAAAAAAGAUGGCUUAUGUUGGCUGAGGAUGUAGCUCAGGGAUGGAGCACUUGCCCAGCAUGUGCAAGGCCCUGGGAUUAAACCCAUAGUGCCAGAAAUAAAAAUUAAAAACACAAACUUUUUAUACUUACACUCUACAGAGAGAAAAUCAUCAAAGAGCUAUAAAAGUUUUUAAAUGUCUCUUCAAUUUUGCAAUAUUUAUCUCAUUGCGCAUAGGCAACUUCUAUGAGUUACUCUUUUAAAUGCCUGGCUCUAGCUAUUAUAAAUAGGACUGGAAGUUGGGCAUUCACUUCACAAGAGGUAAUGGGAAGUCCAUACAACACUCUCCAGAACUCACCCAACCCCCCAACCCCCAAGUCCUUCUUCAGUGCUGUUCUGUCACUAUGAAUCUGUCUUCAUACCAGACUAAAAUUGUUUAAUCUGUAGACCAUAUCAUGUUCACCCUUAAAUUCAGUGCCUAACUAUAUCUGGCAUAUGGUAGGUACUUCAUUUUUUUCAAUAAAGAAAUGUAUAAAU